CUCGGUUUGAAUGUCACUUUUACUUGGUGUCGGACGAGUUUUGCGAAACGGUAUUUUGAUCUAAUAUCAAGUCGAGCUUGCAUCGAAGCAAAAUUCAAUGAAAAUAACAGGUUGAAAGUGUCAUAUUACUGUUUUUAUUCGUGUUUGUUUACGCAAAGUGGUCAUCGUGUUUGAAGCAGCAUUACAUGAAAUUUGUUCAUAGACAGAUUCACAUUACAACUGUCAUAUUAUCAACAAUACAACAUCAGAAAAAAAGAAUCACCAAAUAUUUGAACAUAAAUUGCAUUGUUGCAAAAAUGUCAACGCAAUUCACUUUCGGUUGUGCCAUUUGUGCCGAUAUUUUUGAUGCCCAAAAUAAUGUGUGUGCCACUCGCUGUGGACAUGUUUAUCACGAAAGUUGUCUGCGAAAAUGGCUACUGACUCAAACUCGUCAAGAAAUUCCAAACACUUGUCCGAAAUGUCGAACAACAAUUCGAGGCGGCAUUAGACUGUUUUUGCAUCACAUAAUCGCACCCGAAAUCAUUGAUAAUUCUGAUAAUUCGGAAAUCACUGAGGCUAAAGAUGAUGACGAUGCAACAGAUAUCGAUGACCCACCAUUGUCGCCGUCUUCAACAGUUUCACAGACAUCGUUGACUUCAUCAUUGUCAACGUUGUCAACGAUUACGCAGAGAUCAGACUCGUCAUCCUCAUCAAUUUCAUCGUUAGCUUGGUCGGACGUAGAUAUAUUGGAUAUCCAUCAUGAUCGUGAUUUCUUCGAUGUACGGGAUAUGAGAUUAUCAUUUAUGAACGCUAGACCUGGCGGUCAUAUGAAUUUCUUGCUUGAAUUGGAGCGCCAAUUGGACGAAACAUUUGAUGAUCUUAAUGAUAUCCGUACCUCGACUGAUGUGUUAUCAUCAAAUCUUCGUACAAUUGAGAGAACCAUCAACACUUGGGGGCCAAAUCAAAACGAGAAUUCUCAACGAAAUUAGUCGUCACCAAUUUUACUUACUCAUCAUUUUUUUCACAUUCCAUUUUUUCAACAAAAAAAGUGUGACUUCAUAGUAUUUCAUUCCAAAGAAAUGUCCAAAUAUGUAUAGAUAAAUAAUGAAAAACUUAGAAAUAAGAUAAUUUAUCUAAA